CACACACACACACACGAACGCAACAAACAACAACAAACAACGACGAUGAUGAUGAGGCUGAGGAUCAGGCUGAGGAGGAACAACAGGGUGGGUGGAGGAGGUGUGUUCGCUGUUGCUGUGUUGCUGGCAGUGGUGGUAAUUGCGCUUCUUGCCGGCGCUCAGGCACAGGAUGUCGACUGCAGCACCGAGCCAGACAACACGCCAUGCGAUGAUGGCUCGUCCCUGACAGACAACGAUCGCUGCCAAGGAGGCUCGUGCGUUGGCGUGUGUCGCAGAUAUGAGUUCAACGGCCAAUGCUUGUCGAGCUGCCCAUCUGGCUACGUAGAAGACACAAACACCUGCUCAGAGCUGCAUGAGGAGUGUGGUAGCCAUUGCCUGGACUGCGCCGACAACGGCAAGAGCUGUGCCAGAUGCCAGCGAUCCAAGUACCUUGAGGACGGGGAGUGCCGGGAUGAAUGCAGCAUCAAGAGUUCAAGCGGCGAAAACAGCUUUCGAACGGAAACAAAUCCAUAUGGCCGCUACUGCAACACUCCGCCACCAACAGAGACUGUCCUUUCAGAGACGGUGAUCAUUGGCAUUGCUGCGGGCGGGGGUGCGCUGGUGCUGCUCAUUGUCUGUGUUGUCGUGUACAUCACGUGCGACCGCCGCCGCUCCCGUCUUCGCCUCGAACUCGACGCCGAAGACGACAACACCCCGCACAGGCAGCCGUCCACGCGAAGUGACACAGAAUCCAUUGCCCUCUCGACGUUUCCGCCACCGCCGGAAUUCAGCGAUAACACAUCCGUCUUUGCAACAGCGUCGUCACCAUCUGGCGUUAGCGAUAAGCAGAAGAAGAAGUGGCAGAAAACGGUACGCCGGCUGUCGCAAUCGCAGGCGCUGGACGCAACGACGAUGGACAUAUCCGCACAGACGCAGCACAUUAUUGACAACAUGCACACGGCAACGCUCGAUGCGUCCACGGCACAGCACGUGUUUGCGCGUCUUGCUGAAAUGCGACACGACCGCGCCCUCUACUUCGUUCUCCUCAAAGACAUGCAGCGGCGGCAGAAGAAGAAGGCGGGGCAGCACCAGUCGACGGAGCGCUACGACCGUCUCAUCGCCGACCUCACAAUCGUCCUCCAGCUCUUCCAGCAGAGCAAGUCGAAUCGCACAUUUCCAGUCGACUGCAUGCGCCUCCUCGAUUGGGCUCAGUCGACAUUGGACAAAUACGUCAGCGCACGGGCAGCGAAGAUGGGCGCGACUGUCGAGUCCUCGGAAUCAUAACGCGACACACACGCACGCACGCGCACACACACACACACACGUACACACGACACACACGUACACGUACACACGACACACACACACACGUGCUUCAUCAUCGUCAUCACCGCCGUCAUCAUCAUCAUCAUCGUUUGUGUCCAGGACAGAUUACACAUGCGCUGCUCCGGUCAUCUCAUCCACUUUCGUUCUUUCUGACCCCGCCCCCUUAUCAUGCUUCCAAUGUAGACCACCUCCCUUGCACGCUUCCCUGCUUUUCCUCCUCUCAUGCACACGUGCACGCUUGCUGCGUCGCUCCUUCAUGCGCGAGCUGUUGUGGCUUUUUUGUUUAUCGCUUGGUCUUGCAUGUACGGGUGUGUGACUCUCACAAUCGCUCUGUAAAAAUCCUCCC